AUGACAAAUGUGAAUCCAGCUCCUACACCAAUUGCAUUGGGUUUGAAACUUAGUAAUGAUGAUCAAAUUUCUAGGGUUGAUGCAACUUUAUUCAAAAGAUUAGUGGGCAACCUCAUGUAUCUAACUGUCACAAGACCGGAUAUCAUGUAUGGGGUUAGUCUUAUUUCUAGAUUCAUGGAUAAACCAAAGGAAUCACAUUGGAAAGAUGGAAAAAGAAUUUUAAGGUAUAUAGCUGGAACAAAGAGUUUUGAGAUUCUAUAUACAUCUUCAGAUGACUACAAACUGAUUGGAUAUACAGAUAGUGAUUGGGGAGGUAGAAUAGAUGAUAGAAAAAGCACUUCCGGGUAUAUCUUUCAUCUUGGUUUCGGUGCUAUCUCUUGGGCAUCAAAGAAACAACCAAUUGUCACCCUCUCAUCAGCUGAAGCAGAAUAUGUUGCAGCCACAUUAGCAGCUUGCCAAGCAGUAUGGAUGAGGAUAGUACUUUCAGAUUUGGGGCAUCAACAAGAAGAACCUAUGAAAAUCUAUUGUGAUAAUUCAGCAAUUGCUUUAUCUAAAAAUCAUGUCUUUCAUAAUCGGAGCAAGAAUAUAGAUAUACAAUAUUAUUUUAUACGAGAAUUGGUGAACAAUGUUGAUAUAUGUCUCGAGUUUUGA